UCUGUUCUUCAGAAACACAUAAUACAAGAAAUGUAAAUGAUCGUUUGAUUAAUUUGUUGCCCUCACUUGGCUUUUGACUUGUUUGAAAGCAAGCAAUAGUAAAUUGAAUUUUCUCUUCAAGUUGGUCAGGAAAAGUAUCCAGAGAGUUUUUUGAUCUGAGACUGAUGCAAAUGGGGAUAGUUACAUUCAUUUAAGGAAAUAGAAUUUGGAUGCUUCUCUCAGCCAAGGAGGCCCUCCAAGUGGCAUUUUGCAAUGCAUAAAUUCUCUUAUUUGUUUUAGACAAGGUAUUCAUCUGGCAAAAGUUGUGAUUUGUUUUUUAUUUUCUUUCCUAAAAGGAAAUGAAUUUCAUUACAUUUUUCUCCUUUUCCCUAAUUUGCAUUUCAAAUGAGAAAUGAUGGAAAGAAAUUUUAAAUAAGGUGGGCUCUCAAUUUGAAGUUUGCUCAUCUAUGCUGACACUGGACUGUUCUCCACUACCUAAAUGUCUCCAUUUUGUAACAAGUAUCUCUGGGAGUCUCCACCACCAGACAGAAUCUCUUUGCAGAGAAAUUAAGGCAUAUCUCCAUGUCGCCUUCCAUUCUUGGCUUUGUGCAACAUCCAAAUUUUUUUGAUGUGUCAUGUGUCACAACCAAAGAUGAGCUAUCCUGAAAGUAGCUUUGUCAGCUCAUUUGAGAGUGUACGUACGAGCUUACUAUCUGUUUGCCACUGUUUAACAGUUUCUUACAUGUUUUCUCAAAGGAAAUCACCAUCAUGUGAUUUCAAGAUGGCUACACUUUCAGAUCUUACUCUGAGUAUCAACUCUUCAAAUUACAAGAGCAUAAUAUGCUUAUCUUCCAUCUCUGGGCUCUUCCUUCAUGCAUCAAUAGUAAUGCUAGGAUGUCAGGUCCUCAUCAUGUGAUGACAGGCACUAUGCUAACAAUGUUUAUUCUUCACAGCAAGCUGAUAAUUUAGGUAUUGUUGUGAUUUAUAGGUGAGGGAACUGAUGACUUGCCCAAGGUCACAUACCUAGUAAAGUGAUAGAGCCAGGAUUCAAAUUCUGUCUUCCAACUUCUCACCUUUAGCCACUGCAAGACAUUGCCUCUCAGAGAUGUUACAUUACCAUGCCUUUUGUGUUGUCAUGGCAGUAUCUGUUAGGAAAACAGGUGGUACUGAAAUGGACACUUCUGGGUGUAUGGAGGGAACCCAUUAGAUAGGCACGUGGACACGGGAGUGUAACAGGAGAGUGAGAGGGGUAGGGCACUUUUGAGGAAAGAGAACAACUUGUCCAAAGGCAGAUCAGGCAAUACAAGAAAAGUGCAUAAGAGGAGGUGGAGACAAAGCUGGGAAGGCAAAUGGAGUCACGCUCCAGUGCAGGCAGCAAGGAGCCAUUGGAGUUAGAUCUUAGAUUAGUUCUGGAAGUUUAUGGCUUUAUGUUGCAUUGGAGAAGAGAUUGUAUUGAGGUACACUUCCUGAUACUAAGUUACUAAGUUGGGGAGAAUUGCAGUUUUUCCCAGAAAGAAUCCUUUUGCCCAUUCAGACAAGAUGUAGGAUUUGUGGAAGUCAACAUGUCUAUAGGGAGAAAUCAGUUUCACUAAAUGAAGGCCAGAAUCAAGGCAACUGUUCUCAAACAGAUUGUUAAAAAUUAUCUUAGUCAUCACUGAAGCCAUGAGAAUAUACUGAUUUCUAGCAUUGACUUAUAAAGUGAUAUGUUAGAUUUCACUAAUAUGUUUCCCCAAAUUUUAUAAUGAAAAAAUAACAUGGAACCUUUACUAAACGUUGCACAGAAGCAAGUUUCUCACAUGUUUGAGGUGCAUUAAAUCUUCCAUUUAGGGAGACAUUUUUCUACAUGAAAGGUUUUAUUUAUAUCAGAUAGGUGAAUACUUCAAAAAGCACACAAAAAUGUGGAAAAACUGGACCAGACUAUAGAGAUAUUGGAAACAUCUUAGUAAUCAUGAAUCUGGCUGUACGGAACUCGAGAGAGCAAAAAUUCUCAAGAGUCAGUUAAGAUUUGUUAGCCUGAACACAACUUUAACAACUUCUGAAACUCAUGUGUUAAGUUACAGCCUAUAAUAGGAUACAGCUGCACAAGGAUAUUUAGUUUUCUUAGAUUCCAAAUGAGUUCAACAACUGCCUCAAGAUGAAUAGCCCUGUGCUAGAUACCAAGGAGGCUACUACAGAGAAGGAUGAACCAGCCCCUCCCUGUCCUCUAGAAUCACAGUCUGCUGCGAGUGAAUGUUGUGUCAAUGUUACAGGAAUUUUGGGAAAGCAAGCAGCAACAGAGGGCUGCAUUCCCAAGUGAAGGUGUGGUGGUCUAUGAGUCGCUGCCAUCUCCUGGACCACCCUUCGUGAGUUAUGUGACCCUCCCAGGGGGAAGCUGUUUUGGCAACUUCCAGUGCUGCUUAAGUAGAGCUGAAGCCAGACGGGAUGCAGCUAAAGUGGCCCUAAUCAACUCCCUCUUCAAUGAGCUGCCGUCCCGGAGGAUCACCAAGGAAUUCAUAAUGGAGAGUGUGCAGGAAGCAGUUGCCUCCACCAGUGGCACUUUGGAUGAUGCAGAUGACCCCAGCACCAGCAUCGGAGCCUAUCACUACAUGUUGGAGUCAAACAUGGGGAAGACCAUGCUGGAAUUUCAGGAGCUGAUGACCAUUUUCCAACUUCUGCACUGGAAUGGAAGCCUAAAAGCCCUUCGUGAAACAAAGUGUUCCCGACAGGAAGUCAUCUCCUACUAUUCCCAGUAUUCCCUAGAUGAAAAGAUGCGCAGCCACAUGGCCCUGGACUGGAUCAUGAAGGAGCGGGAGUUGCCAGGAAUUCUCUCCCAAGAGCUGCGAAUGGCCCUGAGGGAGUUGGAGGAAGCCAGGAAAGCAGGACAAGAACUACGGUUUUACAAAGAAAAGAAAGAAAUCCUGAGUUUAGCCCUGACUCAGAUCUACAGUGAUCCCGACACUUCCUCACCCAGUGAUGAUCAGCUGAGCCUCACAGCCCUUUGUGGCUAUCACUAGCAAGGCCAGGUCCCAGCUGCCCCCGAGGGGAGCAGAGGCCGGACUCUAAUAUUAGGAAGCCCAUGGAAGGAGCUCAUCAGAGGCUUUAGUACCUAUAGCUGCUACCCGAAGGCUGUACUAGUUCUCCCCUCCCAUUCCAGCCACAGAAUCUCAGAGUAGUAGGACCCUUACAGGACCCAACAGCCCACUCCAUGCAGCUUUCCCAUCACACUCUCAGUAGUUACACCUCAGACUGAAAAGAUGGAGACAGGAUUGUCUGAAAAAUAUUUUCCAGGCCUGGCUCCAACCUGAGGCCUGGUUGACAUGUGCCUUGCUGGAUUAUAUAUGUUGUGUGAAAGAAUGGGCCAAUGUAGCAUCCCCCAAAAGAACAUUAGCCGGAAAUGGAAAUUAGAAUGACAGCAAUUUAAAAAAGUAUUUGGGAUUAAAUAACAAUAUGAAUUGUUUUUAAAAAUAUCCAAAGGUCAGAGUUUCUUCCUAAGCUUUGUAAGCUACAAGUUAGCUUACACUCUACUAGGUGUAAUACAAAACUUCUGUGGGGUUUUAUCUGAACAUCCCACUGUCAAAGAUCUUAUAGUGGUAAUAGUAUGAAAAGACUAGAUAAAUUUAAUGUGGCCUAAAAUGUCAUUGUAAUACUUUUUUUUUUUAAUUCACACUCUUCCAUACAGGGAUAAAUGUCACCUAGAGUAGUACCCUCACUUGUAUUCCUCAAGAAGAAUAAUAUCUAGUUUUUAAUGAGUCCUAUGAUGUCAUGUUCAUUUUUAAUUUGCAGAUAGAUGAAAUGAUUUGUUUCUAUUUCUGCCACCUCAGUCAUAUACCUAUAAUGGAGAAAGUUACUGGCAUUUCAAAGGUUAGAACAUUUUGAAAAAUCAUUAGCAUUUAACAGUGCUUACAUUUACAUUUGAUUCAUUUCUCAUAUAUUAGAGAAAAGGAAUCAUUAGCUGUCUUUGUUGUUGUGCAAGAACGUAAGCCACCAGUAGCUCCAAUGUAGUGUCAUUUUUCAGCUUAAAUUCUGGAAUCUUCUUUAAAGAAGGGAUAAAACAUUGCCAUCUCACUUUGAAGAUGCUUUGAGUCAGUCAACUGAUUAGAAAACCAAAAGCAAAUGCAAACCAAUUUUUAGAUGGUUCCUGGUCACUCAGAUUUAAGAAUGGCAACAGUGUCAAUUUCAAACACUUACAGGUGUUUUCCUGUCCAUAACAUGGAAAGGAGCAUCUUGAAUUUACUCCAUUAAUUCAAAUAAGAGAAAACAGUUUUCUCAAUUUUAAAUAAGGUUUCUUUUUCUUCCUGUUUAGGGAAAUGCCCAUUAACUCUCAUGAAAGCUAAAACAUAAUUAUAAUUACAUUAAAGUUUACAAAAGCAUGAUAAUUCAGCGUCAUAGCUAAAUAUCUGCAGUGGUAAUUGUCACUUCUUGAAUCCCCAUGAAAACUACUGUAUACUGAGCAUGUAUCUUGGAAUUAGCCGUUAUAAUAAAAAAAUUAACUUUGUACAUCAUAUUUCUCACACCAGUGGAAAAUUUAGCUACAUAUCUGCCCUCCUCAAAUGUCUUGAAAAGGUAGUAUUAUAUAAUAUUAGAUAAAUUUUAUUAAAAAAUACUGUUUUAACAAAAGUCAUAUUCCUCCCCAUAAUGAGGCUAAAUGUCACCUAGAAGAAAACUUGAUUCUCUUAUAUUCCAGAAGAGGAAUUAGAAUUAAUAUUUAUAAUUUGAAUACAUUUUAAAAUGAAAUUACUUCCUAUUUAAAGUAAUUUUUUUAUAAAGUCAUUACUCUUUAUCAUUUCCAAAAAGCCAUGUUGGGUGUGAUUAAAGGUAGGUACGUCUGUACUACAUUUGUAGCCUUUGACAAUGACCUCCUCAAGCUGACACCAUCUAAUUAGCUGCAGGAACAAAAAUCAGCUGGAAAAAUAUUAAAUUUACUCUUUGCCCUGCAGUGACAAAACUGUACCCUUUCUGUACACUAAAAGCAGAAGUUCUCCCUUGGCCACCAUCAGAUUUUCCUGGCUGGUCAAAACUGCACACUCUGCCUGGAAUGAUGUGCAAGUUACAGCAAAAGAAGAAAAAGUCAGAAUCUUUGCCACGGUAGGUCCCUUUGAUGCUCAUUUAUAGCAAAUCAAUUUCAGUUAAGACCUAAUGACUGUCAGUACAUCACAUAAACAUCUAUAAUCCUGGCCCUGAGAAGAACAGCAUUGAAGAGCAAAGUAGGUUAUUAUAAUUUUUCAUUUUCUAUAUCUUGUUCUUAAUAACAUACUAUGUUGAAGGGGUCUAGAGUGGAGGAUUCUCUCUUUAAAUAUAUGGUGCUCUGAGUCCUAACCUUUUGUGCUUAGAAACCCUUUGAUAAUCUGACAAAAGCUAUGAAACUUCUCUAGGAAAAGAGAACAAAGCAUGUACAUUCAAAAUUACACAGUUUCAGAGAGGAUGUGGACCUCCCCUAAACACAUGGAUUGCUCUGUCUAAGGACCCCCAGUUAAGAACUCUUAAUUUUGAGCAUAUACUUUAUAGUCUUUUAAACUUUUCAGCAGGAAUCCAGCCUAGUUCAGACAUUGCCCUAUUAACCUAUCUCUAAGAUAAAUGUCAUCAUCCUUAAAUACAGAAUUGCACUGUAUUUUGACAAGAGAUAGUUUAAUUUUCGCAAAAUCCAGAUACAUUACUAGAUUGUUAUGAGAAAGCUGCUUAAUGCAAACUAGUCACUAAACUUGUGUGAACCUAUGAGAAUAUUACAGAUUUAAUAAAGUCAUUGUUCCUUUUAUGAUCAGAAUUCAGUUGUCUAUUUGUUCAAAAGUGAUAUAAUCCACUGAUAUGUUUGCUGUUAAAUUCAUUCAUCUAUUUCUAGAAACAGAAAUGAAUCAAGCCAUAUGUAAUCCUGAAAUACUGUACCUACAUCAACUAUGAAUCUGAUAGGCUAGGUCUCAGGAAAAGGAGAAAGAAGACAUAAAGUUUUAACACUUUCUGGUUUCUUUAGGGAAAGCUUUUGAAGUCAGGAGUAUUGUUGUAGUUGGCUUUAUCUCUGAAAUGCUUUAAAGAGUUCUCAGUGACAUCAUGCCAUGUCUUUCUUUCUUUCCAAAGGACAAAAGAAGCAAGACUAAGAAUAUUUUUA